AUGUGGGGUCGAGUUCGACAUCGAUGCUGCAAGGCGGGUGGAGUACCAAUGAGCAUUGAACCUCGGGGCCAGGUGACAGAGCUCGUUAGCCAAUACGAUGGAGUGUAUUGCCCCACCGGACGAGAUGAACAAACCGGGCGUGUGACCUAUGCGGGCGGCUCUGCGCAGGCUUUGGUCUUCCAGCGCAGCUCCGGCAAAUGGUGCGUCGGCGAUGACUGCUCCAAAGUCACCAGCACUGCUUCUCCAGUCGGCGUGGAAGGUGCUGCCUUCGAGGUUGUCAACGUGAGCGACUUCAAUGGCGAAUUCGUCGGGCAGAUGCCGAAGCUGGGAGGAAGCAAGGCUCUAUCCUUGGCCGAGGCUCUGAAGCUGAAGCCUCCUAAGCGGCCAGCGCAGCCCCCGAUGCCUGAGCUGGAAGAGUUCAAAGCCCAGCAGCCCCAGUACGCGGCGGAAUGCCUGGACUACGGUAACCUUUGGAAGGAAGUGACGGAGACGUUCAAAGAUGAGGAGGACAACGAAGUCCAGAAGACUUCCAAGCUGGAAGCAGACCCCAGCACCAAGGACGCGAGCCUGGACUCGUAUCAUCCUUGCGAAGUCGCCAAGUCCGUCGGCGGCUUUUUCGGACGAUGGGGCGGAGGUGACGGCUCCGCAGCGCCGCAGAACAUGAUGUAUGACUCAUGGAAUGAGUGCGAGGUGAUAUCGCUCGGGACCUGA